CUUCAGCCUCGUUCCCGGGUAGUAUAAAGAUUGCUGUCUCCUUUGUUCGCCCUCGUUGCGCAGUAUUCCUAGCGUCAUUUCGUUCCGUUUCAAGAAUCGGCAGCUGUCACUGAAGCGGCGAAGGUCCUGUCUACGAGCUCACAGGAGCUUGACACCGUCGCAGUCCCCUCGGCAGACUCCCAUCGGCUGGAAGAAAAAAUGGUUGAAGCAGAUCGCCCAGGAAAGCUCUUUAUUGGUGGGCUCAAUACAGAGACAAAUGAGAAAGCCCUUGAAGCAGUAUUUGGCAAAUAUGGACGAAUAGUGGAAGUGCUUUUGAUGAAGGACCGAGAAACCAACAAGUCAAGAGGAUUUGCUUUUGUCACUUUCGAAAGCCCAGCAGAUGCAAAGGAUGCUGCCAGAGAUAUGAAUGGAAAGUCCUUAGAUGGAAAAGCCAUCAAGGUGGAGCAAGCCACCAAACCAUCAUUUGAAACUAGUAGACGUGGACUACCUCCACCUCCAAGAAGCAGAGGUCCUCCCAGAGGUCUUCGAGGAGGAAGAGGAGGAAGUGGAGGAACUAGAGGACCACCCUCACGCGGAGGACACAUGGAUGAUGGUGGCUAUUCCAUGAAUUUUACCAUGAGUUCUUCGAGGGGACCUCUUCCAGUAAAAAGAGGACCACCACCACGAAGUGGGGGUCCUCCUCCUAAAAGAUCAGCACCUUCAGGACCAGUUCGUAGCAGCAGUGGAAUGGCGGGAAGAGCUUUCAGGCUUUGGAGCAGCAGUUCAGUUGAGAGCCAUUUGGAUGAGGACACAGAAGCUUCCAGUAUGUGGAAACAGGAUCAGCUGAGGAAUUGGCAAGCCCCCGUGUCACGUGGAAGAGAUAGCUAUGGAGGCCCACCACGAAGGGAACCCCUUCCCUCUCGCAGAGAUGUUUAUUUGUCCCCAAGAGAUGAUGGAUAUUCCACUAAAGACAGCUAUUCAAGCAGGGACUACCCCAGUUCUCGAGAUACCCGAGAUUAUGCACCACCACCAAGAGAUUAUACCUACCGUGAUUAUGGUCAUUCCAGUUCACGUGACGACUACCCAUCAAGAGGCUAUGGUGAUAGAGAUGGAUAUGGUCGGGAUCGUGACUAUUCAGAUCAUCCAAGUGGAGGUUCCUACAGAGAUUCAUAUGAGAGUUAUGGUAACUCACGUAGUGCUCCACCUACACGAGGGCCCCCGCCAUCUUAUGGUGGAAGCAGUCGCUAUGAUGAUUACAGCAGCUCACGUGACGGAUAUGGUGGAAGUCGAGACAGUUACUCAAGCAGCCGAAGUGAUCUCUACUCAAGUGGUCGUGAUCGCGUUGGCAGACAAGAACGAGGGCUUCCCCCUUCUAUGGAAAGGGGGUACCCUCCUCCACGUGAUUCCUACAGCAGUUCAAGCCGCGGAGCACCAAGAGGUGGUGGCCGUGGAGGAAGCCGAUCUGAUAGAGGGGGAGGCAGAAGCAGAUACUAGAAACAAACAAAACUUUUGGACCAAAAAAUCCCCAUUCAAAGAAACAAACAAAAAUGGAAACUUUCUGUCAUAAACUUCCCAAGGACUACUAAAAGGAAAAAUUGUGUUACCUUUUUAAAAUUUCCUGUUCCUCUUAAUUUUUAUGUUCUUGUGAGGGAAAAAGUAAGACAUGUUUAAUUUUAUUUGAUAUUAUGAGUUGCUUUCAACAAGCAAAUGUUAAAUGUGUAAGCCUUGACUUGUACUAGUGUUGUAAUUUUCCAAGUAAAAAUGUCCCUGAAGGCCACUUCCUGAUUUUUCCCAGUAAAUGAGGAAAGCAAUCCUAAGAUCUUCCACAAACAUUAAGCCAUCUAUAUGUCCUGUGGUCUCCACUGAGCGAUGAAUCGCCCUGCCUGUGCUAUGAGAGAGGGUUGGUUGGGUGUGCUGCUCUUAGGAUUUCAUGAUUUCAGGGUGUCUUCCAAGUGAAACCUCAAUGCUCACAGUAUAAAAAAAAACCUGAGAUCAGAUUCCUAGGAAUGUGCUAUUUACCCAGAAACCCCAAAAAGCAAAUGGAUGCAGGCCAUAUUUUGCUUUUCUGACAUUUCCUUGGGAAUCUACAAGGACCUCCCUUUUCCCCUCCCUUAGUAAGACCAUUUAAGUGUGUGUUAAACAACUACAGAAUACUAAAUAAAAAGUUUGGCCAAAACCAACCAUGAAGCUGCAAAACGAUGCUUGCUCUUACUGUUUCAAAUUUUUGCAACUCUGUAGUGUCUCACUUUUAAAGGAACAGCUUGAUUGCAAAGGAGAAAAUAGAUAAGCAAUGAAGUUAUCUCCAACUUCCUAAAGGCUUAUGACUUCUAAAAAGUGAAUCUAUCAGCAUUCCACAUCAGAUUUAAAGCACCAAAUGCCUGUGAAACAGCAAAGAUGGUUGAACCUAACAGUCAUACUGUCAUGGAGUGCUGAUUGAUUCACAGUAGAGAAAGCUGGCAGUAUGAAAAAAUCAAAUGCUCAGAGUUGUUGAAGCAGAGGAAUGCUGACACUAAGCUGCAGCAGUUACAUACCCAGUGCUCAUCAGAAUUGGUUUGGUACAGGCAAUAGAGGGUUGUUUCUUUUUUGUCUUCAAGGGAGGGAGGCAUCAGUGUUGGUUAAACAUUAAUUAGGGAGUGGUGAUUCCUUAAAAUUGACCAAAUGAGGAGAGGGAGACAAAGAAAUUGGUAAGUCGAGGUACCUACCCAAGAAGUUCUCGUGGCUCUUUGUAUAGAUUCAGUAGUUCGGGUGAAAUAAUGAGGCAACUCUGCAGUUUAGAGCUGACGAUCACUUACUAUAAGAAAAUUGAAUUAGCUGGGACUGUAACACCACGGUGAAGUGCUUGCCUAAAUACGAGCGAAGCCUAGCGCUCAGUCCCUGGCACCACACACAGAAAAGAACCCUCAAUCAGAAAACUGAUGCUUCCGUGAUAACUUUAUCCACUGAUGUCUCUGAUUUUCAGCAAAUAAACCAUUUGGGGAAUUACCGGAUCAGGAAAAAACAUUUACUUGUCCUAUAAAACUUAGAAGAGGGGAGCAAUGCUACAAAAUGAAAGUAAAAACUGAAACAUUGUUAAGAUAGUGGAAACAAAGACAGUCACCAGGUCACUGUAGUUUUAGAAAGGUACUUUACCCUCAGGUCUCAAUCUUGGAAAUAAAUCAUGAUACAACUCUAGUUUAUUGCUUUGGAAGCUAAGAGCCAGUAAUGUAAGUGUUGAUGUUCUCAAAGGAAACAAGUUGAGUUGCAGGGCGAAAGGAUUUAACUCAACUUCUGAGAUUUUUCUUACAAAGCCAUUUAGUCCUAUUACAUUUAAUGUUUAUGAUUAGGGGAAAAAUGAUCCAGAACUUGUAAACCCCAUUGGUCACAGAUGACAUCAGAUGACAAGGGUCCUAACCAAAUUUCAGUAGUUGUACUUGAAUAGCUAUCUUAACUCCAGCCUUCUAUAUUCUAAUAAUUCCUUGAGUAGGUGCUUCUGUCAAGACCUUUUGACUCUCAAGCAUUUAUUUAGAUUUCUUAAAGACAGUUUAGCGUAGGGAAUACUAGCUAAAUUCAAAGUAAGGAGCAGGUCAAAAUUACAAAAAAAACUUUUUGACAAAUAGUAAAGUUUACAGACCCAACAGGCCUAAAAUACACAAUUAGAAAAAAACUGUCCUUGAUUCUUCUGGCUAUAUACUGGUUGUAAACGAAUUUGAGUAAUAGAGGAGUGUGGUUUAUUUUGGUAGUGGAUGUAGUUUAGGUAUUAUGGCUUACUUUUUGGAAUGUUUUGUAUGGAAACCCAAUAAAACUUGAACAUGUA